UCAAUACCUAAGGAGAAACUUUAUAAUUAAUUAUGGAUCCUAAAGUAGUGCGAUUUAAUGAACAAGUUCAUACAUUUCAACCUUCUCGUUAUGAAGAAAGUGAUAGUGAUACUGACUGUGAACGGUCUGAUGAUCCAGAAUUGCCCGAUUUUAAUUUUGAGGUUGAUGCCUCAAUUAAGGAAAGGGCCGAAAUUGCUUUAAAUGUCGAUUACGAUGUGGAGAUAAAGAAUGAUUUGUUCUCUCUAAACGGCCCACCCGUAAUGGAGUCUAAUUCAUCUGAAAACCCUCGAACCGCACAAGAAAUUGUUUCUGAUUUUAAUACACCCGAAAAAUCAACUCUUGAAACAUGCGAAAUUUCUGAUAUACCAACUUCCCCCUUGGGAAGUAAACAUCUGAGUAAAUCCGCGUCGGAAUUAAGUAGUCCAAGAGAAAUGCCGGAAGUUCGUCCAAGAUCCGCCGCAUCUCCAGGAGUGUCCCAUCUUUCGGUCUAUCAAAAAACCCAUAGUUUUUUCUCACAACUUAAGAGUCGAUGGGCGCGAAGCAAGAGCAAAGAGCGGCGUCAUAAGUCUCCCGGACGUCAAGAUUCCAUAGGAACCGAUUACGCGGCUGAUUUAAGUAGUGAUCAUAGUUCUCCUAGCACUCAAAGCCCUAGACACAGACUACAUACAUAUACAGACUCGCCUCUGAGCAGGGUUUGUGGAGGAGAAACUUCUCAAAGCUCUGCUAGUGGUUCACCUAAACCUCGCGCUCCGACUCCAGGUGCUGUUACAGGUCUGGACUUGUUACCGUUAACAUCCACUGAUGAAGCGUCCCGACGGCGGGAAACUGCUUUGCGGCAACAUUCGUUUUUCCAGUUGCGGGUACAUCUUCGCAAAGGGCAAGGGUUGGUCGCCAUGGACAAGAAUGGGACGAGCGAUCCAUACGUAAAGUUCAAAUGUGGGGGUAAAUUAAUCUACAAAUCAAAAACCGUAUAUAGGGAUUUAAAUCCCGUAUGGGACGAAAGUUUUACAACUCCCAUCGAAGAUCCAUUCGUGCCAAUUCAAAUCAAGGUUUUCGACUACGAUUGGGGUUUGCAGGACGAUUUCAUGGGAGCCGCAACUUUGGAUUUAUCAACUUUAGAUUUAGGAAAAACAACAGACCUCACUUUACCCCUGCAGGAUCCAUCAAACGCUUCGGCCGAACUUGGCGAAAUUGUAUUUACCGUUACUUUAUACCCUAAAAGCCAAGAAGAUAAGGAGCAGUAUUUCCAGAAGAAUGCAAGAAUCUCUGACGUAAACAAACGCCUGAAAUCUCAGAUUUGGAGUUCCGUAGUAACUAUAGUUCUAGUCGAAGGUAAAAAUCUUCUUGCCUGUGAUCCAGAAACACGAACUUCCGAUCCAUAUGUUAAGUUUAGGUUAGGUAAUGAAAAGUACAAAAGUAAAGUUGUUUGGAGAUCUCUUAAUCCAAAGUGGUUGGAGCAGUUCGAUCUGCACCUUUAUGACGAUGGUGAUCAGCAGUUAGAGGUUACGGUGUGGGACCGAGACAGAACAAGAGAUGACUUUAUAGGAAGAUGUUUAAUCGACUUGUCCAGUUUUGAACGAGAAAAAACUCAUAACUUCAGUGAAGAACUUGAAGACGGCGCUGGUUCGCUAAGUUUUUUAUUGACAAUAAGUGGAACGACAGCAUCGGAAACGAUAUCCGAUCUCACUCUGUACGAAGAAAACCCUCGGGAGCGGGAGGCUGUUUUGGCACGUUACGCAUGGCAACGAACAUUUCACAACAUUAAAGAUAUCGGUCACUUAACAGUCAAGGUAUUCAAAGCCAGCGGGCUGGCAUCGGCCGAUUUGGGCGGUAAAAGCGAUCCGUUUUGCGUGGUAGAAUUGGGAAACGCACGUUUGCAAACCCAAACCGAGUACAAAACGCUCACGCCGACCUGGCAGAAGAUAUUCACCUUUAAUAUUAAAGACAUUAACAACGUUCUGGAAAUUACGGUCUUCGACGAGGACCGUGAUCAUAAGGUCGAAUUUCUUGGCAAAGUGGCGAUUCCAUUGCUGCGUGUGAAGAGUGGGGAGAAGCGGUGGUACUCGCUUAAGGAUAAAAAGCUUAGAAGCAGAGCGAAAGGAAGUUGUCCCCAAAUUCUGUUGGAGAUGACUGUCGUUUGGAAUCCAAUUCGGGCUUGUAUCCGCACCCUUAAUCCGAAGGAAGUUAAACUAAUGGAGCCAGAGGUUAAAUUCAAACGCCAAGUUUUUAUGAAGAAUGUUAUGAGAUUUAAAAGCAUCAUCAUACAUUUUUAUGAGAUUGGGAAGGUGUUCCAAGGGUGCUUCGAGUGGGAGUCGACGUUGCAGAGCUUGAUAGGUUUACUUUUUUGGUUGGUGCUUUGUUAUUACUUUGAAGUGUGGAUGAUACCGGCAGUAGGAUUGUUAAUUUUUGUCAAGCAGUACAUUCUGAAAACUAUAGCGGCUCCUGUGAAUGUCUCUUGGGAUGAGGCUACCGAUUCUGACAUAGAGGAUGAUGAUGAAGACGAUAAAGAUAAGGAAGAGAAGAAAAGUUUGAAGGAAAAGUUGCAAGCGAUACAGGAGGUUACCCAAACUGUUCAAAACACAAUUGGUCGAUUAGCCAGUCUGGGAGAAGGUGUUAAAAAUAUUUUUAAUUUCACAGUGCCAUAUCUCUCCUGGAUAGCUGUUGGUUUGUUGGUAGGCGCAACUUUGGUAUUGUACUUUGUGCCAAUUAGAUACUUGUUGAUGCUGUGGGGUUUGAAUAAAUUCCUAAGGAAGAUUAUGAGACCACACUCUGUGCCGAACAACGAAGUCUUAGAUCUGUUAUCACGCGUCCCCGAUGACGAAAUGCUUGUAAGUACACUUUUAAACUACGCGCGUAUGAGCCGAAAAUCAAUCAAUCUUUGUGUGCAGUUGGAUUAUAGAGAUUUCAAGCCGUCUAUUUCGAUGGAGGCGGAGAGACGACGUGAAAUUAGAAAAAAGCAGAAAGCCUCCUAGUGGACAUCCAAAAUGUUUUCCCGGGCUCGCACAAAAUUUCGUGUUGUUUGGGAUAACAAUACUUAAAGCAAAAAGUCUGAUAACAAUUAUGUGUUUGUAAAUUCAUGUACAUUUUUUUACUACAUUUUCUAGUCAUUAAACUUUGAUAGUGAGAUGAGUGCCCUGUAGUUAAAAAACAAUCCGUCAUUAAUUUAAGAAAGCCAAGAAAUAUCUAAUUUUCAAGCGAAGUUAUUUUUGUGCCUCCAAAUGGCUGUGUUUGCUGUUUAGUUUACACUUUUUUAAUAUUCAUCUCAUCCUAAACGUAUGUGGAGCUAAUCCACGUUUAAAUUGCCAUUCAAUUUUUAUUUGGGUUGGAUAUGAUAGAUUUAUUAGAUACGUAAGUGUAAGACGCACAAGUUUUUGGACGGUGAGAAUUUAUGAAUCCCGAAUGAGUACUUUAGGAAUUGGCCAUUAUUUACCAUACCUACACCUACACAUACAGGUUUUUCGCUAACACUCACAAGCACCCAUGCCUGGACAAUAAUUAUUUGAUUUCCUGCCAAGUUGUUUC